AAAUUUGCUUUAGAUGGCUGAGCCCGUCGGUCUUUGAACACAAAUGAAACAUAAAUGGUCGACAAUACUAACAAUAUUUAACUGCAGUGGACGGUGGGUUUAAUCCCUACGCUACAGCACCGGGGAAUGUAAAUGAUAAAAAGAUAAUACAAAAGAAAAACACAAUAAUACGCGUACGUGCGCCGCACAACUACAGUUAAAGACGAAAAAUUCACGCUUCGAUAUUCACAGCACAACGACAAAUGCAAAACCACGAAUCACAAAACUGCCGGUACAAACUGACCACCUAGAACUAAGGAACACAAAUUAGAACAAUAGUGACUAUUGUCACGAACGAUAUUUACCGGGCAGUUAUCUACAGAAUUCACAAGAAAACGUGGUUUUGACAAACUUGUGAAACAGGACGAAAAAACGUUGAGACGAUGAAAAUUUGACGUGCACACCACGAAGACACAAAAACGAGAGAGCGACAAUGCCGACGACAUUCACCACGAAGGCCGGACACCACAAUAUGAAGAUAACUGUCUCAGUGCCACCACACAAAACUGAAAUACACGGGAAAUUAAUAAACUUUGUGGUACAGAGAGCAUGACUUAACUUUUACAAAACAAUUUUUCGAAACCUGGAAUAACGAAUACAUUUACGCGCUAUUAAGUACUCGGCCGGUCGCACACGGAGGCUUAUCACCGCCGUUUUACACGCCGCCGCCGCCGAAUUCUAUUCAAAAAUGCUUUUUAUCAGCCAUAAUUCUUAUCAGGGAGAACAACUACCCUCAUCACGCCGACGAUGGCUGCGGAUACGCAACGCACCGCUACGCAUCGCACGAAAAUGUUAACAUGAACAAAUAACAUUAUUGACGCGAACAACAAUGAUAAUUUACAGUAGUUUUUCGACAUUGUCCAACUGAAUGAGAAUGUUUUAAACUGGUUUUUUUUUAUUUAAUCCCAAUCAAAAGUUAAGGUUUUUGAAUCAUGGCUGAUCAAGACGAAACUGUGUCAAAAAGUGAUAAGUUAAAAGAAAACAGUAAAUUAAUUGAUUCUGUUCCAGAAUUAGAUGAUACCGAACCACCUAAAGUUAUAAUAAGUAAUCCUCCGACAAUGUCAAUAAAAAUUACUAGUAAUAAAUUACAAAAGUCUGAAGAAAAUAAAGAUUUAGAGGAUUGUCAGAUUAUCAUACCAAAAACUGAAAUUAUUGAUAUUACUGAUGAUACUGGGGAUAAAGAAACAUGUGAUGAAGUGAAAAAAGUUUUUUCUGAGCACGAUAUCCAAGAAGAACUAUUAAUUGUAACACCAAAAGAAGAAUCCAAAGAACCUGAAACAGAAGUGAUAUCAGAAGAUGAUGAAAUGGCUGUUAAUACUAUGCCUGUUGACACUGAAGCUGUAUCAGAAGAUGAAUUGCCACCUACCACUUUAGCUGAUCAAACGGAAUCAGUAUCUGAUGAUGAGUUGCCCAGUGAAAAUGGUACUGGUAAAACAAAAAGAUGUAGUAAGGUGCUCGAUGAACAAACAAAGGAAGAUGAAAAUGAAUUACAGCCAGAGAAAAAACUUAAAACUGAAGAAGUAAAACCACUUACAGAAUUUGAUAAAUUUUGGCAAGCUGUAAAAGAUGACCCUUCAGAUUUUGCUGGAUGGACUUACUUGUUACAAUAUGUUGACCAAGAAAACAAUGUUCAAAAUGCAAGAGAAGCAUAUAAUAAAUUCUUAGAACUGUAUCCUUAUUGCUAUGGUUAUUGGAGAAAAUUUGCAGAUUUUGAAAAAAGAAAUAAUAAUAAAGAUGAAUGUGAAAUAGUCUUUCAACGUGGCUUAAAAGCUAUACCCCUAAGUGUUGACCUAUGGAUUCAUUAUAUGACUUAUCUUAAAUCACAGCAUGCUGAUGAUAUAGAUCUCAUUCGUGACAAGUUUGAAAAAGGUUUGGAAACAUGUGGACUUGAAUAUCGUUCUGAUCGAUUAUGGGAUCAUUAUAUAAAGUGGGAAAUUGACCAGAAUAAAUUACUCAAUGCUUUUAAUAUAUAUAAUCGUCUUCUUGCUACUCAGACAUUAGGUUAUUUGCAACAUUUCGACAAUUUUAAAGAAUUUGUGAACAAGAAUGCACCUGAUAAGUUUUUAAGUGUUAAGGAGUAUCUUGAAUUACGACAAAAAGUAGCAGAAGGACUCAGGAUGAGUGGUAGUGAUGAAUUAUUGACAGAUGAUUCUGCACCACCUGGAGAAGAAGAAAAUACAUUUUUAUCUGAUGUAUCAGAGAAGGAAUUGUCAUUAUUAAAAGAAACUAUAGUUGAAAUGAAAUAUAAAAUUCAUAAGGAAACCAGUAAAGAAAUCUUAAAGCGUCAAGCAUUUGAAGAAGGCAUUAAGAGACCGUAUUUCCAUGUUAAACCGUUAGAAAAAUGUCAGAUUGAAAAUUGGAAAGAUUAUAUUGCAUUAGAAAAAGAAGCCGGAGACCAUCAACGUAUUGUUGUUCUUUAUGAAAGAUGCUUAAUACCAUGUGCAUUAUAUGAAGAAUUUUGGUUGAGCUAUUUGGAUUAUUUAGAAUCAUUAGAUUUUGAUGCAAGUGAUUUAAUUAAUGAUUUGUUUACACGAGCUUGUUUGGUGCAUCACCGCAAAUCACCUGAAUUGCACUUAAAAUGGUCUACUUUUGAAGAAAGUAAAGGUAAUGUAGAUAAAGCUGCAGAUAUUUUGAAGAAUUUGGAUGAAGCUGUUCCACACAUGUUGCAAAUAAUUUACAGGCGUAUUAAUUUGGAGAAAAGACGAGACUUAUUUGAAAAGGUAUGCGAGUUGUAUGAAUAUUAUAUAAACACUUCACACACAAAGUUUCUUACCUCUAAUAUUGCCAUAAAAUAUGCUCGUUUCCUUUGGAAAUGUGCAAAUAAAAUCGAAAAGGCCAUUGAAGUCAUUACUGAAAUCAUUAAUAAAGAUAAGGACAAUAUGCAAGACAAUGCCAGAUUAUUGCUGCAACUCAUUGAGCUGAAAAUGAGUGUAAAACCAUUAAAUGAAAAAUCAGUUAUUCAAAUUUUUGAUGAUAUAUUAUCAAUGAGUAGUGUCAAUUUAGAGCAGAAAAUAUUGUUUUCUCAACGCAAAUUGGAGUUUAUUGAGGAUUACACUUGUGAUUAUACAUCUUUACGUAAAGCGACUAAUGAGUUUAAAUGUUAUACAGAGUUGCUCGCUAGGGAGAAGAAAAAAGCAUUAGCUGCAGCUGAUGAAGAGAAAUCUAAGAUUGAAAAAGAAAUAAAAGCAAAACAGACCCAAGAUAUGGCAGUACCCUCAAGUUCACAGGUUGCUCCUACCAACUAUCAGCCCUAUAAUACAGCUGGAUAUUAUCCUCAACAGUAUACUGGGUACAAUCAGGCAACCUAUCAACAGUAUGCCCCUACUGGACAAGAUUAUUCAUACCAGUAUCAAAAUUGGAGCUAUCCACAAGCAAAUUAUAAUCAAACAUGGGGAUCAUACAAUUACAGCAGCAACGGUGGAAGUGGAGGAUAUUAAUGCACACAAUAAAUAUUUAAGUACGAUAAGUUUAGACAAUAAUUGUUUAUUGUAAAAAAUUACUAAGAUAUAAAUAAAUGU